UUCCUCGGUGCGUAUUUUUAACUUCAGUGGCACGGAUGGAAUAGCAAGACAUUUUCGCUUUCUGUUGAUUCUGUGACCAUUCCAGGCUUUCCUUAGCCCUCUAGAGAGUUAUCUGCUAGCAAAAGGGGGGCACAUUUCCCCGAGGAGGUGGGUUCACUGCGUAAGGAAAGCGGCGUUUGGUGGCACAUUUGCGAGGUUUGAUAGAUGUAACCGCAUCUCGAAGCAGAGGACGCGUGGAGAUCUAUGGCUGGGCACGGGGUUUGCGUAAAGGCGCCGCUUACCCUGCAAAGGAAUUGAUGCUAAGGUUUAAGCAUCAAUUUGCAAGCCUGUAUUUCUCAACGGGCGACGCCGACUCUUCUGUUCUGCCUUUGAUGCAGUAGAGAGGCUCCUCCCUCUCCUAAACGACUCGCAUCCCUGGCGGCGGCAGCCUCUCUCUCUCUUAAAGGUGCAAGAGGAGAAUGGCUAGUGCCAAGUCCACGGGGCUCUCGUGGGAGAUCACCUGGUUCGCAGUGACCACCAUCUGUGCCCAUCUGCAGACGAGAGCAGAACAGUCCCAAGGUGCAUACUUCUUGCCUGAGUUUGCAUUAUCACCACAAGGAAGUUUCUUGGAAGACACCACAGGAGAACAGUUCCUCACCUACCGCUACGACGAUCAGACCUCAAGAAUUUCCCAGUCUGACGAAGAUAGAGAAGGCGGCUGGGACGCCUGGGGUGCUUGGAGUGAUUGUUCGCGUACUUGCGGAGGAGGAGCAUCCUAUUCUCUAAGGAGAUGCUUAAAUGGCAGGAACUGUGAAGGCAGGAAUAUUCGAUAUAAAACCUGCAGCAAUAAUGACUGCCCUUCAGAUGCUGGUGAUUUUCGAGCUCAGCAGUGUUCAGCCUACAAUGACGUCAAGUACCAUGGGCAUUUUUAUGCAUGGAUCCCCGUCUAUGAUGAUUCCGGUUCUCCAUGUGCCCUCAAGUGCCAAGCUUUGGGGAAACCCUUGGUGGUGGAGCUUGCCCCCAAAGUUCUGGAUGGUACUCGUUGCAAUGCCAAAUCUCUGGAUAUGUGCAUCAGUGGCAUAUGCCAGGCGGUUGGCUGUGAUCGGCAACUCGGGAGUAACGCCAAAGAGGACAACUGUGGGGUCUGUGCAGGAGAUGGCUCGACGUGCAGGCUGGUGAGGGGGCAAACCAAGACACACCUUUCAUCAGAGAAAAGGGAGGAAACCGUGAUUGCUGUGCCACAUGGGAGCCACAGUGCAAGAAUUACUGUGAAAGGACCAGCACACCUUGUGAUUGAAUCAAAGACGCUGCAGGGAGACAGUGGAGAACACAGCUUUGGUGCCCCGGGAACGUUCGUAAUUGAAAACACGACAGUGGAAUUUCAGAAGGGCGCAGAAAGAGAAACGAUAAAAAUCCCAGGGCCCCUCGGAGCUGAUUUCAUUAUCAAGACCAGGUAUGCUGCCCCCAAAGACAGCGUGGUUCAAUUCUUUUUCUACCAACCCAUAAGUCAUCAGUGGAGACAGACAGAGUUCUUCCCCUGCACUGUGACAUGUGGAGGAGGCUACCAGCUGAACUCUGCAGAGUGUGUGGAUAUCCGUUCAAAGCGUGUGGUGCCAGAUCAGUACUGCCAUUACUAUCCUGAAAACAAGAAACCAAAGCCUAAGCUGAAGGAGUGCAAUAUGGAUCCCUGCCCUUCAAGUGACGGAUUCAAGGAAAUCAUGCCUUACGACCACUUCCAGCCACUUCCUCGCUGGGAGCACAACCCCUGGACGGCAUGUUCAGUUUCCUGUGGAGGUGGAAUCCAGAGGAGGAGUUUUGUGUGUGUGGAGGAGACCAUCCAUGGAGAGAUAUUACAAGUAGAGGAGUGGAAGUGCAUGUAUGCUCCCAAGCCCAGGGUCAUGCAAGCUUGCAACCUGUACGAUUGCCCUAAAUGGAUCGCUUUGGAAUGGUCACAGUGCACCGUGACGUGUGGGCGAGGGUUACGAUACCGAGUGGUGCUGUGCAUUGAUCACCGUGGGCAGCACACGGGCGGCUGCAAUCCUCAGCUCAAGCUGCACAUAAAAGAAGAAUGUAUUGUGCCGGUCCCCUGUUACAAGCCCAAAGAGAAACACCCCGUUGAAGCAAGGCUCCCCUGGUUCAAGCAAGCACACGAAAUGGAGGAGACCAGAGCAGUCUCUGAAGAACCGACGUUUAUCCCUGAGCCAUGGUCCCCUUGCAGCGCUUCCUGCGGCCACGGUGUUCAGACGCGUGAUGUGAAGUGCCGUAUUUAUCUCGCAUUUACUCAGACGGAGGUGGAGCUGCCGGACGAAGAGUGCGAAGACACCAAACCGGUGACUGAGCGCAGUUGCCACUUGGAGUCAUGUGAUGGUGACCCUCUCCUGUUUGUCCCGGAACCUCCACCUUCGGAAGAUGCUGAAGAUGUUGUCUAUGGCUGGGAAUACAUUGGCUUCACUCCAUGCUCUGCUACAUGUACUGGAGGGACUCAGGAAGCCAUUGCAGUGUGCCUACAUGAGCAGACAAAGCAAACUGUCAAUGACAGCCUGUGCAACAGCUCAACGAGACCCCCAGCAAUGAGCCGCGUUUGCAAUACGAGGCUUUGCCCCCCAAGGUGGCAGGUGCGUCCCUGGAGGCAGUGUUCUGCCACUUGCGGUGUUGGCAUCCAGACAAGAGAGGUGCGUUGCCAGCAACCUGGAGGAUCAGUUCUUGGGCCCGAAAACUGCAAAGACAAAAAGCCCCACUCUUUGCAAGCCUGCAACCAGAUUGACUGCCCCCCAGUUUGGCACGUUGAAGAAUGGCAACAGUGUUCCCACACGUGCGGAGGAGGAACCCAGAAUCGCAAAGUGACUUGCCAGCAGUUGCUGAUGGAUGGGAGCUUUCUGAAACUCGCCGACGAGAGGUGCCACGAAUCCAGAUUGUCCACUCAGAAACCCUGUGCAAAAAUGGACUGCCCUCCACAGCUGAUUGUGGGAGAAUGGUCUAGGUGCUCUGUGAGCUGUGGUGUCGGGACGCAAAGGAGGAAGGCUACCUGCCAGAAACUCACAGCCAAAGGCCAGCAUGUUGCAUUAAACAGAUCUAUGUGUGGCGACCUCCCGGUGCCCCCACUGUCAAAGCCAUGUCACAUGAGUGCCUGCAACAAGAUGAAACCUAAACUUUUUGGGAAAUACGCUUCCCUUGGACCACAGAUCCUCAGCAUCCACAGAGUCUACAUUCAAACGAGGCAAGAGAAGCGCAUAAAUUUCACUAUCGGAAGCCGAGCUUACCUGCUUCCAAAAACAUCUGUUGUCAUUAAGUGCCCCGUCCGGAGGUUCCAAAAGUCGCUUAUCCAAUGGGAGAAAGACGGGCAGCACCUCCAGCUCUCUAAGCGACUUGGCGUCACUAAAUCAGGAUCGCUCAAGGUCAACAGUCUUGAGGCUUCGGAUAUCGGGGUGUACAAGUGCAUUGCAGGCUCAGCGCAGGAGACGUUUGUUCUCAAGCUCAUCGGCACAGACAACAAGCUGAUCGAGCCGCCCGCUUUUGGUAAGCACGCAGGUGAGAGCAGCAGCACAGAGCGCAAUGAGGCCAACAGCUUGGGAGCAAAGUGGCACAAAAUGAGUCAGAUGUGGCAACUGUGGAGCCAGAAGAGCGAGCAGUAUCUGGGCGAUGGGCAGGUGAACGACCAGCCUUUUCUGCGACACCUGGAGACUCACACGAGAAAUUCGGCAGAGGAACGUGGCUCUCAUGAAUUCAAAAAUAAGCGGCUGGAGGCAGUGGCUCUCCCCGGUGCCUACAGUAUGGAUACCGUACAUUUCGAGGAGCUGAUAAAGAAUUUGAGUCACCUUGUCGAGGCUGGGGAGGUCAAUGAUGAGUUGGCUUCCCAGCUCGUCUACCAGUUGAUUGCUGAGUUGUCCAAACCACCGCAUUCUGCUUCUGAUAUACAGAAGGAGCCUCAAGGCAAAAAGCCGCCUUCCAGGAAACCUGGCAAAUCUGCAGACGUGCCUGAUAAUCUCAGCACAAAACCCCAAGGCAAUGCAUCGACGAUGAGCCAAAAAAUCCCAGUUAUUGUGAGGCACAAAGAAGGGCCCAAGAUUCUUUGGAACAGAACAGAAACAGUCCAUAUUGGGAGUACGGUCUUUUUAACCAAGGACACCCGCCUUAUACAUUUGCUUUGUGAAACUCUUGGUGUUAGCAACCCUAAGUAUACAUGGACAAAAGAUGGAAUGGAGUUAAAGUCCUUUGAGAAAGUUGUUUUGGAAGACAGUGGGAAAAUCCAAAUUUUGAACCCCACCAGGAAGGAAAUGGGCGUGUAUCGCUGCAUUGUGGAGAAUGACUUUGGUUCUGACACAGAAUCUUCUACUCUGUUUUAUUCAGAGGCUCCCACCGUACUGUUUUCUGUAACAAACGUCACAAAUUUUGAGCUUCGGAACUUUUCUGCAACUGUUGGAGGUGCAAUUCUGGCAAGAACAGGAGCGAGCGUUACAUUGCAGUGUCCAGUAAAAGGUCUUCCCCAACCUGAGGUUACUUGGUUUAAGAACGAAAACUUCCCAAGAACUCAAGUGUUCUCAGUUGCAAAUGGGUCCUUAAUCCUUAGGAACGUUUCACAUGAAGAUGCUGGAAUCUACACUUGCACAGCCUCCAAUGCUCUUGGACAAGCCAUAGCCACAACUGUUCUCCAAUUGGCUGAACGAAGAUCUCAGAAGCCUAACAAUGGAUCAUACGGCAACAGUAGGAGAAAGCGUGUCCUCAUGGCAUCUGGGAUUGGUACCAACAUUAGCGUGGUACCUGGGGAGCUGUUACGGAUAGGUUGUCCUGUGCAUCCCAGUAGGAAGAACACAAUUCGCUGGUUCUUCAAAAAUCAACCAAUUGAAGAAAUGAAAGGCUUUGAUCACAGGAGCCUGGUUGGGGGACGUAUCCUAGAGGUGAACGUUAUCUCUGAGCAGCUUGGUGGACAAUACAGAUGUUGGACGUCAUCGAGUUCCAAGCCAUUGUCUGUCUGGGUAAAUGUCAAGAAGGAAGAAUAUAGAUGGCAGCUUGGGGACUGGAAUACUUGCUCUGCUACUUGUGGGUACUCAGGAACCCAGUUCCGAAAGCUGCUGUGUGUGGGUGCAAAGGAGCAAGAAGUGAACCUGACAUUGUGUGACGAGAGUCAGAAGCCGACCGUAAAUUACCAGUCCUGCAACACCCAUGAUUGUCCGGCCAGAUGGACGACGAGUGCCUGGUCUGAGUGCUCAGCUUCAUGUGGCAAUGGGUUCCGCCACCGGCAGAGAAUCUGCAAGCAAAUCAGAGCCAAUGGUACCGCUGUAACGCUGCCUCUGUCUGCUUGCGCACACAAAGAGCAUCCUUUGGAAAGGAAACCUUGUGUGGGGCAUUCGUGUACAGAAUGGCUUAUUCAUCCAUGGGGCCAGUGCACAGGCCAAUGCCAAGGUCGCAGAGUAGGCUUGCAGCAUCGCCUUGUUCAGUGUCAGCAUUGGAACGGAUCCGUGGUAUCGAACUCACUGUGCGAUGAGAAGAGCAGGCCAUUGAUGAGAAGAAACUGCUCUACAGACAAAUGUGACGUUUAUUGGAGGGCGGGCCCUUGGCGACCGUGCACAGUCAAUUGUGGAAGCGGAUUCCAAUCACGGCAAGUCAGCUGCAUACACAGGAGAAAUAAGAGGCCUGUAGGAGAUCCGCCGUGCGCCUGGAGGAAGAGACCAGUGACCUGGAAACACUGCAAUGUCACUUCUUGUGACAAAGGCGAAUGCAAGGACACAACUCACUACUGUACAUUUGUAAAGCAGCUAAAAUUAUGCAUGAUAGACAUCUACAAACAAAGGUGUUGUCAGUCAUGUGAAGAGCAUUAUCCUUCUGUGGGAAGUUCAUGAUGUCGCAGUGAAGAUAUCGCGUGAAGAGAAUCCAGCCUGCUCUGGACAAUAUAGACAAUCAACCAAGAACAUGUGGUGGGGAAGGGGAAAUGGAUGAAUAGAAAGAACAUGCUAUGGAUAGUCCAAGCAAGGUUUUCCAUUUUCUCUCCUGGUCUCCUACCCACCGGGCAAUAACUCUGUUGCAACUUAAGUUUUAAUGAUGUUGGAAACAUCAGUUUUAAUGGGGUUGCAAGUGAUUCAUUGGCUAUCAAUGUAAUGCUCCCUGCCUCAUAAAGACAAUUCGAGUUUAGCGAUUGUUGACAACUAUUCCAAAAAUACUGAAAUGCAGCAACAACUCAUCUCUGCUUGUUGCCUUUCUGGUUUGAUCCACAUCAGUACAAUUCUCAAAGUAUAUGGAUUCAGCCAUCUGUAGCUGUAAUAUUUCCCCCCCAGAGGCUGCAUUUCCUCAGCAUUUGAGAAAAGGACAUUGUCACAGGUCUUGUUUUAUUGAGAUUAGCUGUCGAACGGAUCCCCGUUUUGCUUUCCUUCCUUCAUUUAAGCGCCUGCAGUAAAAGGCAAUGUACCUGACAUGAUGGUUUUCAGACCUGCUCUGGGAUUGUUUUCUAAUCGACGAGGCGUCAUUUGGGGCAGGGGGGGGGCGGGUUCCCCAAACGUCUGCUUCAGCCUUGCGGGAAUGUGAUCAAAGCCAGGGCAUGAUUCAUUGAAUGUGAAAACUGGAUGCAAGAGGGUUUCUACAUGGGAGCUUGGAAUUUGCGUUUGGGGGUCUGAGAAGUUUCCCCUUCUGCUUGGUCAGAUGAGAAAUGAGAGUGCUUCUCUGGGCCAAGGGUGCCUGUCAGGCUGCAUUGCCCUUGAAGAAACCUUCUAUAUACUUUUCCAGUCAUCGGAAAGAAAGAAAGAGGUGGGGGGGGGAGAGGACCAAACAAAACAGAAAGAGCUGUUCUUCAUUGAGACAGACAUAUGUUAAGUAUCAGUUUCAAUUUGUUUCCAUUCAUUCUGACUAUCAUACAUUUAGUGAUUGCAUGCUAGUAAAUUCGCAAAACUACAACCUCAAGUAGCUCUUUUCUGCCGUGCAAAUUAUGUGUGCAAAGCCUGCCAAGGAGCCAGUUUUUUGAUUCUCGAAAAAAAAAGUACAAACAAUCUGGAAAUAUAAAUAAAUGCAGCCACAUUCGAAAUAAUGUAUACCGUUCUGGUCGGCCCAUCUCAAAAAGGGAAAUCUGGAGCUGGGGUGGGGAAGCACAAAUGAUCAAGAGGUCAAAAAAAAUUUCUUAUGAAGGAAUGCUUAAAGGCCCUUAAUUGAGAAAAGGGGACAACAACUAAGGCUGCAAUCCUAACCCCACUUACCUGGGAGUAAGUCCCAUUCAACUCGACAGGAAUGACUUCUGAGAGGACAAUAUAUUUCUUGAGCUGCACUGCAAGAGGGACAUGGCAGAAGAGAGCUAGGUAACUUGGUGGCAUCCUGAUGUUGCAUUGCAACUCCCAUCAUUGGCCAUACUGGUUGCUGCUGAUGGGAACUGGAGUCCAACAACUGGGGGGGGUACCACAUUGCCUACCCCCCCUCCAAUGUUUAUAAAAUUAGGCAAAGUGGAUAGACAGAAGGUUCACACGUCCUUCUCCCAUAACAUUAGAAUUCAGUGAUUGGCAUUAUUUUAGGACAGGAAAGAAACACUACUUCAUACAACGCAAAAUUCACCCAUGGAAUUUGCUGUCCGCUGGCUUCUGUGAGUUGGUAAGGCAAAUUCACGGCACAAAGUGAUUAGGCAAAGUCAUGGCGGAGGAGAGGCAUAAUGGACCAGGAAUGGGGAUGAGGGGAGUGCUCCCCCAGGAAUGACAUCACCGGCCAGUACAGCUGAUGGAGCUUCCUUGCUCCAGCAAAUGAACAAAGUGGCUUUCAGGAUUGUUACAGAUUGGCAGAGAGGGGGGUGAAAAACAAAGGCUAGGUACUUAUUUCCUUUCCUUUGACAAGGUUCCUUCUUCGCCCUAGCAGUCUAAAUGGUGAAACUUUUUUGCAUUUAUUUUUAUUUUAUUUUUUGUAUUUCUAAUGGUAAGUUAAAAGUUGCAUUUUGGCUGACUAUAGAUCUCUUGGUAAGCGCCAGCAUCUAUUGCAAGUGAAACCUGUGCACUCAAUAUUAAGCGCCACUGAAUUCAGUGGAGCUUACUUAUUUGCAGUCCUGCCACUGUAUGUAAACCUAGGUCUCCCCCCAUCAAAUUACAACACGCUAACUUCUACCCCACCCUUUUGCUUGCUCAUUGUUCUAUGAUUGUCAGCUGAUCCAAAUCCAUUUGGUAUUAUACUGCUCUUUGGGAGUUGCAUAUAAUGAACAAAGACAGCUGUUUGCAUUUUGAGGCUCUCCUUUGAGAGGUUAGGUAAGGAGGCUGUUGUGAUGAGCUCCCCACACUUCAAAAAAUUGCCAUUGCACUACUGGUGCAUGGAAAGCACUGUAGAACCUCCAGGCUCAGAGGCAGUGUACCACUGAAUACGUGACACAGAGAAAUGAACAGCACGGACAGCAUGGUGCCUGUCUGAAUGUUUGCCAUGAGGUAUAUGGUCACUAUUAGGAGCAGAAUGGAAGAUAGAGGAUAGCUUCCAUCAGGGCUGUUUUGAUACUGUUAAGCCUCUAAUAGUGGGGGGGGUGUUAUUGCUGUUUUCAGUUUUAACUGGCUUGCUUUUCAUUUGCAACUCCUGUGCUCUUGCGUAAAUGCCCAAAGGCAAAUUUGGUUGAACUGGGCCCUCUGCUGAUGGGCCAGAAAAGAAACGGCGGAGAUUUUUGUUUCUGUCCAGAGUGUGUUAGAGGAAAAAUUAAUGCACCGUGGUUUUGCCUCACUGCUAAUUAAACUAGUGCUGCUGUACAGAAAACCUUUCACGUGGGUAACCGUGGCCUUUGCUGACAGCAAGAAAAGUGAUAUAUGCCCACUCAAUGUAAUGAAACGGAAGCAGCCAGUAGAAUCAAGAAGUAAGGUUUUGCCAGGUGGGAGAAUUGCAUAUUUGAAUGUUCAAAAUGUGUGUGGGGGGGGGGACCCCUGCAGAUAGAACAAUACAGUGGCCUAGUUUCCACAACACGGUAGGCCAAACUUUUUUUAGUAGAAUUUUUUUACCCAAACGGCACAAACAUGGUGGCUCUCAGAGAGGAGCUUGUACAAAAUGGGUGAGCCUCUCCGUUUUGGUUUCUCUUAUUUUUCCAAGUUCAGUUUUCCACAUUUCUGCAUUUGUUUGCAUUUUUUUUUAAAAAAAAAAACACCCUCGUGAAAAUUCAUCAGUGUUUUAGUGUAGAUUUCUCCCAACUGACACCUUUUCUGUUAAUUUCAGUAAUGUGUGCCUUUUUAUGGAUUCUUUACCCCAGUGUGCUGUGUAUUUUUCUGUACACAUUAUUAAGCUGGAGAACUGCACUGCAAAAUUCAGAGCAGUGCAAGUUUUUAAGGAUGGCUGUGCUAGUUUUACCACUUGAUUCUACCCGUAUUAACUGUCCGUUUUGACACAUUGGUGUCAUCAGGAGUGCAGAGAGCCUGCACUUAACUUUAAAAUGUUUAACUUUGCGCUGCCCAAGCUUUUUAAAUCAGCCGUGGGUUUUGUUUGUUUAUACCAUUUUUAAAUUAAAACAUGUAAUAUACUUUUGUAUAUAUUUAUUACCUGAUCUAAAAGUGCAAUAUAUAUAUUUUUUGUACAGUGUGUAAUAAAGAUUUUGGAACUUUUUUUUUCGUUCACUGAAACUUACCAAAUGUUUUUUAUUUUGUAUUUAAUAUUUGUAAAGAAUGAACUGCUAGCAUCCCUGUUUUGCUAGUACUUUGGUUAUAAAUGCAUGUCCUAGGGAAGCAUAGCUGUGGGUGAUGGUUGCAGCAGGUGGAUACGGUCCUCUCUAGCCGAUUCCGCUGCUGCUACAUUAACCAAAGAUGUCUAAUAUUAUUUGUUCACUGCCUUAACUUUGGUAUUCACAAAAAUAAACACUCCUUUUGGCUAUCCCACUUGCUUUUACUAUAUGGAAACGGUUUGUCAGUGGCAUUUUUCAGGUUCUUUACGCAGCGCAUAAAACUAUGGAAUGUGCUCCCAACUUGGAUGGCUUCAAAAGAUUAGACAAAUCAAUGGAGGACAAUGGCUACUGGGCAUGAUGGCUACACUCAGCCUCCACAGGCAGAAGCAGUAAUGGCUCCAAAUAUCAGUUGCUGGAAAUCACAGGGGGGGAAGAGUGCUCUGGGGCUUAGGUCCUGCUUGCAGGCUUCCUCUGGGCACCUGGUUGGCCACUGUGAGAACAGGAUGCUGGAACGAAAUGGGCCAUUGGCCUGAUCUAGCAGGCACUUCUUAUGUCAUUGACAGGGUGGGCAGAGCAGGCAAGUACCCAAACCAGACAUUGAUUUCAAGGCAGCAUCAAAUCCCACCCAAGGCAACAUCAUAGGAAGCCCCUUCAAGAGACUCCUUGCCAGCCAGUCAGCUGCAUAAAUCCACAUUUCUGGUCUGUCUCCUGCCUCUAUUCUAUGCAUAGCCAAACUCUGGCCGUCCAGAUGUUUUGAGACUACAAUUCCUACCAUCCCUGAGCACUGGUCCUGUUAGCUAGGGAUGAUGGGAGUUGUAGUCCCAAAACAUCUGGAGGGCCGAGUUUGCCUAGGCCUGCUCUAUUCUAACCGCUGAACUGGUUUUCUCAUGCUCACGCCCAGGGAGCUGAAUGUGUGAGCUGGCUCCCUUGGCAAGCGUUGCAUUUGAAGGAAAGUGAGGAAACAUAAAAGGGAUGUCAGAGUCUCUGGAUCUGCAACAGUCACUGGUGUUGGGUGGAAAACUCAGCAAAGUGGAAUCUUUCCCAGAUAUUUUUGUAGUGGUUAAUUUUUCUGCAGGGAUUUUUGUUUUUGUUUUUGUAUGUUAGUAAUAAUUCAUGAAUAGCAACAGCAAAUAAACAUUAAGCAAGCUUGUCAGUUUCAAAGUUUUGUCAUGCUAAAU